GGAGCAGACGCAGGAGAACGCGGGGAGCGGCGUCGGGGGAAUGGAUUCGGGUCAGGAGCGGGACGGGACGCUUGAUGGACAGAACCGGGACGCGGAGACGGACACGCGGGACCGUAGAGACGCAGAGAGGACCGAGAACAAGCUGGAGGAGGACGACGAGGACGAAGACGAGGAGGAGAGGGAGGAGGAGCGCGACGCCGCGCAGGACAACCAGGACCGCUUCAGCUCCAGGUUCGAGUGCAUCGUGGAGGAGGCGGAGGUGGAGGUGGAGGAGGAGGAGGAGGAGGAGGACUGCGACCGGGGGAGCCGGGACGGCUUCAGCUCCACGUUCGAGCGCAUGGUGGAGGAGGCGGAGGGCGAGGCGGAGACGGAGGGCGAGGCGGAGGGGCGGGAGAACCGGGACGGCUUCAGCUCGCGCUUCGAGCGCAUCGUGGAGUCGGACCUCCUGCGCGGGACGUACUACAGCAGCCUGGACUCGCUGGACGUGCUGUCGCUCACCGACGAGACGGACAGCUGCGUCAGCUUCGAGGCGCCGCUCACCCCGCUCAUCCAGCAGAGGGCGCGGGAGGGCCCGGAGCCGCCCGCCGAGCCGCUGGAGCUGGCCCCCGUGGCGGAGAGGGACGGGCCCCUGGGGGAAGGCGCCAGCCCCCUGCGGAGCUGCAUCACCGGCAGCCGCUCCGAAAACGUGCUGAGCCGCCCCGCCCUGCGCCCCGCCCUGCCCAACGGCUUCCACCCCGACGCCCCGCGGGGCCUGGAGGGCUCCGGAACCUUCCCCAGCUCCGUCAGCGAUGCCAACCUCACAGAUGUCCCGUCGGACUCGGACUCGGAGCUGGGGAGUCUGGAGCAGCUGGAGCGGGGCAGCACCGACACCCUGGCCAACGGCUGCCGUGCCGACAGCGACGCGGCCAAACGCCUGGCCAAGCGCCUCUUCUACCUGGAGGGCUUCAAGCGCUGCGACGUGGCGCGACACCUGGGGAAGAAUAACGACUUCAGCCAGAUGGUGGCAGCAGAGUACCUGCGCUUCUUUGACUUCACGGGUCUGCCGCUGGACCGAGGGCUCAGAACGUUCCUGAAGGCGUUUCCCCUGAUGGGCGAGACGCAGGAGAGGGAGCGGGUUCUGGUGCAUUUCUCCAGAAGGUUCUGUUUCUGCAACCCUGAGGCACUCACCUCUGAGGAUGGAGUCCACACCCUCACCUGUGCCCUCAUGCUGCUGAAUACAGACCUGCACGGCCAUAACAUUGGGAAAAAGAUGUCCUGCCAACAGUUCAUCAGUAACCUGGACGGGCUGAACGACGGAAACGACUUUCCCAAGGACCACCUGAAGAUCCUGUAUAACUCCAUAAAGAAUGAGAAACUAGAGUGGGCUAUUGAGGAAGAGGAGCUGAGGAAGUCUCUCUCGGAGCUGGUGGAGGAGCAGGGAGACUGCGGCGGGAAGCGGGUGGGCCGCGUGGCGGAGGGGAGUAACCCCUUCAUCGCCAUCCCCCUCCUCCUCAACGCCGCCACCUACAAACACGGCGUCCUCACCCGCAAGAGCCACGCAGACAUGGACGGGAAGCGCACUCCCCGAGGCCGUCGCGGCUGGAAGAAGUUUUACGCCGUUCUGAAAGGAACCAUCCUCUACCUGCAGAAGGAUGAGUAUAAGCCGGAUAAAGACCUGUCGGAGGUGGAUUUGAAGAAUGCGGUGCGCGUGCACCACGCCCUGGCCACCCGGGCCACAGACUACAGCAAGAGGCCCAACGUGAUGAAGCUCAAGACCUCGGACUGGAGAGUCUUCCUCCUCCAGGCCCCGAGUGAAGAGGAAAUGAUGUCAUGGAUCUUGCGCAUUAACCUGGUGGCAGCCCUGUUCUCCGCCCCCUCCUUCCCGGCCGCCAUCGGGUCCAUGAAGAAGUUCUCCCGACCACUCCUGCCCUCAUCCUCCACCCGGCUCAACCAGGAGGAGCAGCUGAAGUCCCAUGAGAACAAGCUGAAGCAGGUGUCUGUGGAGGUGGAGGAGCACAGCCGAACCCCGCCCGACCUCACCCAGAAAACCAAGGACACGGAGGAGUACAGGCUGAAGGAGCACUACCUGACGUUCGAGAAGAGCCGGUACGAGACCUACAUCACGCUGCUGCAGGCGAAGCUGCGCUCGGGCACCGACGACCUGGAGAAGAUGGAGGCGGAGCUCCUGCGGGGGGAGGCGCCGGAGGGCCACCUGCGGAAGACCCAGUCCAGCCCCUCCAUCAGCCAGAGCCAGCGGUCCAACGGCCGGGCCGAGGGCAGGACCGCCCACGACCGCCGCAGCUGA